AGUAUUGGCAUUCCACAGCUCAACGUCUUUGGCGGGAACAUCGCUGCUCGUAGUCGUUGACGAGACUUUUGAGAACGCUACGCUUGCGACCACAACGUUCACUGUUUUGGCUGUGUAUUCUCGAUCGUUUGAACUGGGAGUGUGAUAUCUCGAAUGGCCGAAAGCGAUACACCAACUUCAGUCGUUGUACUACACGAAGGCUGCUUGACAAAGUCAAGUCCGCUGAAGAAAACACUCGUUACUUGGAACAAGCGAUGGUUCGUUUUGGAGGAGCACAAAGAGGGCGAUGAUAUCAAGAUUCUACUUGCCUACUACAAGGACGACAAAAAGACGACGAGGAAAGGCCAGAUAGUACUGGACCGCUCGUGUAAGUUCAGUACAGACGUUCGCCGGCGAGGGAAGAAGCACCUCUUCAGCGUCUACACGAAGUCGAGAACUUACUUGCUCUCGACCGAGAGCAACGCGCAGUUGAAAACCUGGUUGGCGAAGCUCCGUGAAGCAGGAGGAUUAGAACAUGUUUGUCAUGUGGUACCGACUGACAAGUUGCCUCGACAUGAUGCGCUGCUUCGUUUCGAUCGCUUGUUUCUCGAGGUCUUCUGUCCGGUGACAGACCAGACUCUAGGACGAUGGAAUGUGGGCAAGAUUAGCAGUAUGGGCUGUAUGGGGCCCAUGUUUUGGAUCAAUUUGUGUCCGGAUUGUGCCUCUCAGGGUGAGAUGACGGGAUUGCUGUUUUUCACAGUUCAGCGAGGUCCCCAUGUCACUCUACAGUUGCUGAGACAAGGACAGCUUGCUGCCCAGACCUGUGGUCCAGAGCCCGUUUGUGAACAAAUCAAUGAUAUGAACGUUACACUGCACCUGCCUGGUCAUUUUAGAUGUAGGAGUAUGCACUCGCAGUCUACACUGACCAGAUCAACGUCUUCUGUACAAGAUUUUCAUCGGGUGCCUUCUUCAGUUGCUCAUGCUUAUGGUCAAACGUCACAGAAGAGAACCCUCCUGAGGUACACAUCAUCGCCUCAAUUGUUUGGCUCGUCCGACCAGUUGGCAGGGAUGGGUCUCCAGAACCAACGUACAGCAGCCCUUGCUCAUGCUCAGAGUAGACUCAGGAGUGCAACGACUACAGCUCUAACUGCUCCUUAUGUCAAUAUGAGUCUUGGGAGUGCAAAUUCAACUCCAGUUUCAUGUGUGACUCCAGUUUCGACUGUGAGUCCGUCGCCAUUGAUCAGGGUGCCCUACGAGGCCUCGUCAUGUCUGACACUUCCUUCACCGAAAAGACUGAACUCGGGACGAGAGAGGUUAUCAGUGCGAAGUCGAUCGAGUAACCCCAACACAUGGAGCAGAGGGUCAACUGAUAGUGGAGUCUGCUCGUAUUAUGGUCAUCAGUUGGACACCUUCCUCCAUGAGGGUGGAUCACUGCCACGAAUUCUUCGUAGGAGGAGCCCACCCAAGGAUAGCAGUGCCUCGUCUUCUGUGACCAACGACGACGAUCGACAGGGCUACGAAGUAAUGGGCCCUCUGUCUGAGGAAGGAACAUCAAGUUCAUCCGACUCGGAGACAUCCAAAACAAGAAAAGCAUCUCCAAAUCCGAGCAGUACAUUAGUGAGGGGUUGCUUACUAAGAAACUCAUUCUCCGCUCGACCGACUCAAGGGUCUUUCCACUACAAGACUGGAUACGUCAAUUUGGAAUUGUUACCAGAUGCAGACGGUCAUAGCAGUUAAGGCCUUCGUUUCUUUCAUGAGUUUGAACUUGGUAGUAAUUAUUUGAAUUUUGUUGAUUGUACGUAGUGUUUAGUCACGUGUACAGCUUUUAGUUUGUGUACACACUUCUGUACAAAUGUAAUUUUUAACACAUUUUCUGGCUUAUUUUUGAUCACAUGUUCAAUAAAUUAAAAGACUACUAUGACAAAA